AUGGCGGGGUUGGAGGAGUCACACAGGUUACCGAAACGGAAAAGGACUAGGAUGACGAUCUGUACUUAUAACGCACGUACGCUUGCAUCGGAAGCGGCCAUCAAAGAUCUGAUGAUGCAAGCCAAUAAGAUCAAGUACGACAUCAUCCGACUGACCGGGACGAGACGACGUCACCCUCUCAACGCCGUUUAUGAAGCUGGAGAAGAACUGUUCUUGGGAGCAUGCGACACUAGAGGUGUUGGUGGAGUUGGCGUCCUCGUCAACACGACUCUUCAUUAUCGAAAUAACAUAACGGAAUGGGAAUAG